CUCUAAACUCUCUAUGGGCAAAAAAACGAUAAUUGGGGACCAUGUGUUCUGCUUUUCUCAGAUGAAGACGAAAGCUUUGUAUUCGAAGAAGACAAUGUCUUCUAACUGGUGGAACAUGGUCCGUUUCUAAAUCUUUCUCCUUUCGUCUUGAAAAUUUCUGGGUACAUGGCAAGUUUGCAUCUUGGGACAGCUUCGUUGAUCAAUGAGGUCGUGUUCGGUUCCUCCUUGAUUGGUUUUAGAAAUAAACGGUUUAGACGAGUUUCAGAGAGAUGGAGGUUUCGUGUUCAACAGAUGUCAGAGAAGGAGAUAAGGACUAAACAUGAACUUGCUCGUUCUGAGAAAAGAAGCGAGUCUUUGAGACGUAUUCUGAAGCAAUAUGGAGUAUCAGUUAGAAAUCCUGAAGAGAUUAAGACAAUUAGUAGACUUGAUGACAUAAAUUUUGAAGAGAAGCUUGACGCUAUUGUUCUUUCUUCUGUUAUAGAUGACUCUAAGAUGAACACAACUGAGGAGUUAUCUGAUUUACGUCGGCAAGAGAAAUACAGUGAGACUGUUAGCACUGCAGAUGAUCUUUCAGGACCUAAUCACCAAAAUCUGCCUCAUUUAAACACAGGUGUUUUGUUCACUUCUCUCAUUCCUGUCCUUGGGUUCUCCAUUGCAUGCAUUAUUGGGACGCUACACACAAUAAUCUCCAGAAAAACAUCAGAUGGACAUCACCAUGGCUCCAAAAGAACAAGGUGGAGAACCGCAUUGAUUGAUUGGAACGAGCCACUUGCUUCUGAUGAAGAUGAUUUCUCGCCAGAACACAGAGUCGCUUCAGCGAAUGAGGAAGCUACAGAUGAAAUGGAUGAAGCAUAUAGCAGAGUGGAGCUUGAGUACAAGAGAUUUUUGUUGGAAUGUGGAGUGAGUGAAUCUUAGAUUCUGGUCUCUUGGAGGUUCCUACAAGUAGUUCUUGAGAACCAUGGCUGCUUGUGACGCUCUAAGAACUUUUUAGUUUGGUGGUUUACACAUACUGUGGGAGUCAUACCAAUGGAUGCAUUUACCAGAUAAGACUUUGUAAAUUGUGAAUAUAAAGGGUUUAAUGCGUAUGAUUUGAAUA